CCCUCCUCCUCCUCUCACUUUCACCAUGGAUUCCGUCUCCGGUUACGCCGCCGGAGCAGGUCAGCCUCGAACCGGUGGCAAAAUUGUUCGACCACGACGCACCGCCGCCGUCAGGACACCGUAUGACCGCCCCGUUCCGAGAUCCCGAGAUCCUCCUCAGCAAAACCCUAGUUGGAUCUCCAGGCUCGUUUACAAACCCGCCAGCGUAAUUGCCUCCGGCGCCGGAAAAUUCAUUUCUUCCGUCGUCUUCUCCGACUCUUCCUCAUCUUCGGAGGAGGACGAGGAUUCAUCUUCAGAUAUUGAUGGUGAUGAGGAUGUUGAGAAGAACAUUACCGAUUUUACUGAAGAGGACCUUCUGACUGCCCAGCAACCAACCAUCCAACGACUCAGUUCUAAGCGUGUAAUUGAGCAGCUUCUCAUGCAAGAAACAUUUGCAAGGGAAGAGGGUGAUAGAUUAAUAGAUAUCAUCAAGGCUAGGGUUGUCAAUCAUCCUAGUGUCCCCUCUGCUGUUGAGGGGAGGCAUAAUGACAAUGGAUUGACAAGUGAUGUGAAUGUUGGUGAAAUGUCCAAUACAACUGUCAUGGAAGCAAGAAAAUGGUUGGAGGAGAAGAAAUCAGGAUCAAGUUCAAAGUAUACAGCAACUGAAGAUGGUGCUGGAUCGCCUGUGGACGUGGCCAAGUCUUAUAUGCGAGCUCGUCUGCCAUGGGGAUCUCCAGCAGAGUUUCGAUCACCAUCAUCAGCAGGAAUGCAAGGGACACCCUUUCCUUAUAGCGCUGGAAAAUUUUCCUCAUCUAAGCUGAAAAGGAAGUCCGGUUCUAAUCAAUCAUGGAAUAUUCAAGAUGAAAUUCGCAAAGUCAGAGCUAAAGCAACAGAGGAAAUGCUUAAAAGUCCUAGUAGUGUAGCCUCUUUGGAACCUAAAUACAGCCCCUAUGUUUUAGCGACUGAUAUGCUCAAAGGAAAUGCUGAUGGAGCUGUACGGAAUGAACAAAGCAGAGCUCUACCAAAUUCAGCCAUACCUACCUCUGAACACAAUCAGACUACGGAAGCUAAUCAAGCCGUUGGAGAAACAGGAGUUUUACACACUAGAUCUCGUGGAGUUGGUUUGGACGAGUCAUUUAUCUCCACACAAGGAGUCAAGCCGUCUGAAGAUACGAAUACCGCUCCUCAAAGUGGAACCGCUGUAGAUGACUUCAAUGAUCAAGAUGGCGAUUUUAUCCAACCUAGCUCUACUAUCGGAAACACCACAAAUGCUGUCUUGGCUCUUGGGGCAACUUUGGAUCCAACUGGGAACUCUUCUUGCAUCCCUAAAGAUGUGUUUGAAACAUCAAAAGAAGCUGAUGAAAUAGGCGCAUCACGUGCUACUUCUAACGGUUUCCCAUCUUCAUCACCUAGUUCACCAGUGGUGGAAGGUCAACCAAAACCCACACCACCAGAAGAAACCGAGGCUUCUCAGCAUGUAGCUGAAAUUCAUGGUGAUGAUAUGACAGUAGGGAAUGGCUCAGAUGGUGCAAUUAAUAACGAAAACAAUGACAGCCACUCAAGUGGCUCGCAUAAUAGUUCAAGCACUCAUGAAGAAGAGUGGCUCCCGGGAGACCAGUCUCUACCGAACUCAAACUCAGCAAGUAGCAGCCCGGGAACUACCAAGGUCUUGGCAUACAGCAGAAGAGGAAGAGGGCGGGGGAGAGGAAGAGGCCGAGGAGAAGAAGAAGAAGAAGAAGAAACAAGUAUGCAACGUCUUCAAGAUCCCAGGAUUGAUCUAGCUGAGCUGAAAGUGCAUAUAGUGAAGAAGAUUGGGGUUGAAAGAUCUAGAAGAGAGAAUCUUUCUCUACACAACAAGUUGAUUCGUUCCAUCUUGAGAAAUGCGUCUCUAGCUAAGUCCCCACCACCAGGUCACCAAACCGGUCACCCUGGCAAAUCUUUGGUGCUUGGGAAAGAAGAUGGACCUGCACAAAGCGGACCUCUAAUCCCUGACCAUAAUAGGAGUGAUCCUGUUUGCUCAAAUGGGGUGUUACCCAAGGUUCGGUUUGGAACGUGUGACAGGACAAUCGGAGAUAAGCCUUGUCCACUAGGACCAAACGGAAAGGUGGACAGAACCGGUAAUAGAAACACGGAGAACAGGGAUUCGGGUCCUUUUGCUUAUCAAAGAUCAGGUUGCUAUGCUGAUGAAAGAGACAGUGCAUUUCUUUGCCCUGCUGAACAAAAGAGGGUUUCGGGUAAAGGUCAGGUUGCAGCUCCUCGUAGCAGGGAUGAUGAAGCCCAAGAAGAGCGAGGUAGUUUGAUUCUUUCCACGCCUCCUGUAGUUGCACCUCUGGGGAUUCCAUUCUGCUCGGCUAGUGUCGGUGGGGAUCGCAGAACAGUUCCAAUUUCGACCAGCGCAGAUGCUAUCAGUUGCUAUGACAGUGGUGGAUUGUCAGACACAGAGAUGCUGAGGAAGAGGAUGGAGAAUAUUGCAGUAACACAGGGUCUUGGAGGGGUUUCCGCGGAGUGUUCUACUGUUUUAAAUAACAUGUUGGACUUGUACCUGAAGAAACUAAUGAAAUCAUGCGUUGAUUUGGCUGGAGCUCGGUCCAUGAAUGGAACGCCUGGAAAACAAAGUUUAGACAAACAGCAGAGCCGAGACGAGCUUGUAAAUGGUGUGCGGACGAGUAAUAGUUUGCACAUACAAACUAGCAACCAACCAUCUGACAUAACGCAAGAACAACAUUCAGUGUCUUUGCUUGAUUUUAGAGUUGCAAUGGAGCUAAAUCCGCAUCAACUUGGUGAAGACUGGCCAUUGCUACGGGAGAGAAUUUCCAUCUGUUCAUUCGAGGAACGAGAAGGGGUGUGAAAGAAAAUGGUUGGCAUAUUGGAUGCUGCAAAUUGUCUGAGUAAGCUCUCUGGUCCAAAAAAAAGUGGCCACUGAUUUUGGUAGCAAAACAAUUCUUGAGCUCUGCAUCCCAUGAUGGACCUGAUGGCUGAUUGACACAACUAUGUCCUGCAGCCGCAGACUCGGGGCAGGUUAGUAGAUAUGAAUGAAUACGUGUUGUUGUA